AAAAAAUGUUAUCCUCUAGUAUUCAAGAAAGCAAUUUCAAUUCUACCACUUCUAAACAUAUUGAAACUGUUUUACCUUAUGGCAAACAUAACAAGGGUUUAGAUAUUACCAAGACAAAAGAAGAUAUCUUAUUAGAGCCCUUUCAUUACCUUUGCUCCAACCCUGGUAAAGAUGUACGGGCUAAAAUGAUUGAAGCGUUUGAUGCCUGGUUGCAAGUGCCCAAGGAGGAUUUAAUUGUGAUUACACGUGUGAUUGAGAUGCUUCACAGUGCCAGUUUAUUGAUUGAUGAUGUGGAGGAUGAUUCUGUGCUUCGUCGUGGGUCGCCCGCUGCGCAUCAUAUCUAUGGCACACCACAAACAAUUAACUGUGCUAAUUAUGUGUAUUUCUUAGCUCUAGCUGAGAUCAGCAAAUUAAACAAGCCUGCCAUGAUUACCAUUUACACGGAAGAAUUAAUUAAUCUCCACCGCGGACAAGGAAUGGAACUUUAUUGGCGUGACACACUGACUUGUCCUACGGAAGAAGACUUUCUUGAAAUGGUCAAUGAUAAAACUGGAGGUCUUUUAAGACUGGCUGUCAAGUUAAUGCAAGAAGCGAGUCAAUCUGAAAUUGAUUAUACCGGCCUAGUCAGUAAGAUCGGUAUUCAUUUCCAAGUGAGAGACGACUACAUGAACCUUCAAUCCAAGCAGUACGCGGAUAACAAGGGCUUCUGUGAGGACUUGACAGAAGGAAAGUUCAGUUUUCCCAUUAUCCAUUCUAUCCGAAUGGAUCCUAGCAACCGACAAUUAUUAAAUAUCUUGAAGCAGCGCAGUCAAAGUGUAGAGCUAAAGCAAUUCGCGCUGCAAUUAUUGGCCAAAACGGAUACGUUUAAUUAUUGCCGCCAAUUUCUGGAGGUGCUUGAGACAGAGGCAAGACAAGAGAUCAGUGCUUUAGGUGGAAAUCGUAUGUUGGAGAAGAUUAUGGAUGUAUUGUCUAUUAAAACCGAACAAUAAAUAAAAUUUGCUCUCCCUCCCUCUUUCUUUGCUUAGCAUAACAUAUAAACUCCCUUGAAUAUUUGGAGACCAAGUAAAAGGGAUCUAUACAUGGUCCAAUCGGAAAAAGCAUAUUAUAUGACGUUGAAGCGCACUUAC